AUAUUUUCUUUCAACUCCAACUUCAUAUCCGAUAAUAAAAAGUCCACAAAUUUCUUCUAAGAGAUGAAAAAAAUACACAACAGUAAACUAUGAGGACUUGAUAAAAAAGUACAUAUUAACUCAUUAUCAGUAAUGUCAUAAUCAACAAAUACCAUAAAGAUUACUAUGAAAUAAUGAAUUAACUAUUUUAGAAACCUCAACUUAUUUAAAAACACGAAGAGAUUUAUCAAAAUGAAAUUAAAUAAAAUAAAAUUCAUCCGACCAAUGAAUCAGGUUAAUAUUUUAAAUAUAAUUAUAAAUUAACCAAUAUUAAUGAUAAAGCGAAACAAAUUCGGCCAAGGGCCGAGUAAAAGCUAGUUAUCAUAAUAAGUCACAAACCUUUGCACUUAGUCAAAACUGUCACAAUUCUUUAAUCUGUAACGAUACGGUAACAAAAUUUUGAACUUGUACGAAAUGAUCACUUUUGUUAGUCUCCAUCCAAAUUUCUGUUAGAUCUAUCUAGUUACCAUUCCACCUCAUCAAAAUAAUUAACAUACAACUCCAAUUUAACAAUUGAAACCAACCACAACUCAAACUCAUAAAAAUUUGGACAAAUUUCUGGUGGUCGCGAAGCCCUGGAAGGAGAAAGAAUGGUGAAGGGUCCAAGACAAGGGAGGCGGAAUUUUCGGGCCGGAGAAGGCGAAGCGAAUGAUAUAUUAAUUUAAUUUUUAUUUUGUUAGAGAUUGUGUGUAAUUACCGCUCUACCCUUGUUGUUACUAUAACAACACUUAUUAUAGUGUUGUUAUAGUAUCCGGACACCCAACCACGGUAAUCGUUGGAAGAGACACAGAGAAAAUAAUCAGAAAAGCGAAAGCAAGAUUGAUCAAUUUUAGUGGGUUGAAUUUGGUUAUAAUCAUAGUUGUAUAGUCGGUUAUUGAUUAACCCGUAAGCAAUUUGUACUUACAAUCGCAAUUCUUUAUAUGCUAAUAGGUUGAUCCAUAACUGUAUAGUCUAUUAUCAGUUAUUUUGCGAGUUAAUCAGGUAAUUGUGAAGCAAGUGAUUCGAUAAAGUUAUAUCAAAAUAAACGAUUCGUAAUCUAACUAAAAGAAUACCUCCUUUUUUUCAAUUGUGCAUUUUGUAGAGUUUUUGCCUAUGUAUGUUAUAUUUUAAAGUUGUUAUUAUUAAAUAAAAAACUAAUUAAACAUAUCAAUCCACAAUCAACUCUAUCGAAUCAAAGUACACAAUAACAUCAUUCUACUGUCAAAUUUGAUUAAAGAAGCAUAUAAGAAUAACAAAGCCAACAACAUUUACUCAACUAGAAAAUCACACUAAAUUACAUGAAUGGUUAAAUGUUACUAAUUGUUGUCGAAAUACUGUGUGUAAGCUCAUCUUUCUACUGUGCUCUUUCUAAAGCCCUUCAUUGAUAUUGUUCUCAUUUUAACCUAAGUCACAAUUACAACUAGAGUAGACAAGGGAUCUUGUAGGCCUUCAAUCAUCCAAUGAUUUUCGGUCUAUGCCCGCGGCUCAUCGAUGUCUAUUAUUUUUUGUCCUACCUAUGAGGAUGAUCGUAAUUAGUUAGUCAGUUAACCAUUUAACCGUCAACUACUAACUGUUUAACAUUCGGUUAGUAAUUAGUUAAAUUUGACUACCGAAAAACACCAUUUACUGUUAUGUUGAUUAUCAUCUAACCGUUGAUUACCAAGUUCGACUUGAUUAUUGAUUACACCGCUAACAGGAUAAUAGUUUACCAAUACUAAAACGAAUCACAGAGGGACAGACAUAGGAGCAGAAUCAAAAUGGAGAAAGAGUUGGGUAGUAGAGAGAGAGAGAGAGUCAUAGCAUUGAUUUUUCUGAAUGAAGAUGAACAUUGCAGGCAGUGAUUAGUUUCUAGACCAGUUUCUGGCUUUCUGCCCACUUAGAUGAAGAGCAUAUCCUCCUCCAGUAGAAGACAAAUAAGUGUGCGUGAUGUGCUGACUUCAUAUUCUCAUCAGCCCACGUCAGCUAUCAUAAUUUUCUUUCAAAGUGUUGAAAUGGAAAAAAACCCAAUUUCUUUGGGGAGUUCUCAUUCUUCAGAUGAACAAACACCAACCACUUUGUUCCCACUGAAAACUUUCAUUCACAGAACAGAAGCAAACUUCCCGUGAAGGCAAGCUGUCCGAUCCAAUGCAAAACCCUUUCCUGUAAAAUUCAUGAGAAAAAAGAAAGAAAACCCAUUAGAAAGGUCAAAACUUUUUUCAAUGCCAUGGAAAUGCUGAUCUACAGUUACCUACACACACAUGUGUAGCCAUAGCCUAUAGGCAAAUGGAAAAAGGACAAAGUUCCUGCCUUUUUGCUAGAGCACUGAAAGAUGGAAGCUUUUUUUUUGUUUAAAAUAAUUUAGGAAGCAAAAAGCAAGAAGAAAAGGGAAAGAAAAGAUGGCGGAAGUGAAAGCAACAAGACAUCCCAUCCCACCACCGCCACCGCCAGCUCCGCUCUUCCUCCUCCAUCCCUCCACCAACAUUUAACCCACACAGCAAAUUGGCAUCAUCACUUUCAUCAGCAGCAGCUCACUCUUUUGAAAUAUAUUUCCUAUAGUACGUUUAUUUAUUUUACUUUUAAAAGAUAUAUAUUAUUGCUGUAGAGAGAGGGAGAGAGAGGCGUGUAGAGAUGAAGGGAGGGACGAAAUGAGAGCAUGCCUUGUCGGCCAUUAGAGCUUCUCAAAGAGGGGGAGAAGAGAUAACAGAGAGUUAAAAGACCACAGCUUGGACCCGUUUCUGCCCACUCCAUUUUCUCUUCAAUACAUUGAAUCAUUUCUAGGGAGGAGGGGGUUUGAAAAAGCUUUUUCCUUUCCUUUCUUUAUCUAAUCCUCUCAAUUUCACUGUUCUAGUUUCCACAUCUCCAUUGAAAACCCAGAAAUAAUAUCCCCCCCUUUUAUCUGGUCCUUUCCACUCUUAUCUUUUUUCUUGCCUUUUUACUUCCUUCACCUUUUGGGGGAUUUGUUGAGAGAGAUUGAGAGAGGGGGAAAAGAAAUAGGGAAUCUUCUUCGGUUUAGCAAAAUCUUCUUUGGUCCUUUGCCUUUUUUGAAUCAUAGAUCCUUCCCCUUCCCUCCCCAACCCCACCAUUUUUAUGCAAAAAGGUGAACUGGGUUUAUCUUGGUUUGCUCUAUUGAUCCAUGUAUUCUUCCACAGGAGUGUUUCAUAUUUCAAGGUAUCUAGGAGUUGCAGAGAAAUGGUGUAGUUGCUGCUGCUGCCUCUGCUGUCUCUUAUUCGGUGACUGAUCCGGUUUUCUGUUUUUUUUUUUGGCUUCUACAGGUUUGUCCUAUUCCCUCCCCCCUUAUCCCAGUUUCUAUUUCUAUCUUGUCUGUUGUUUUUGGCAGUUACUUUAUUAUAUAUAGAAAUGGUUGAUUUCAGUUGCUUUAAAAAAUUGGUUGAGGAGAUGAAGUUCUUCCCUUUUGCUGGACAUUUAUAUCACUACUCCUGUCACUAAACUAUGUGUCUGCUUUAUGUGAUUGGAUUCUUGGUUUAUUGCUUUGGCAUCAAGUUAUAAAUAGAGAGAUGGACAGGAUUAGGUUCCCUCCCUUUACCAUUUGUGCACUGGAAUUACCUUAUUAGCUUAACAAUAGCCAUUUAGUGGGUGCUGCAAAUGAGAAGUUGCUCAUCCUGCUUUGUUCCCCUUCUCCAGUUCAUGCUACUGUCAAUGCUCAAGCUAAGGGAUAAUAUGGCAGCAAGGUCUGAAUCACGGCAAGUUUUUGAGUCAUGGUUUACAGGACUUCUGCUUCUUUCAGCACUGAUGAUUUUUCCUUCAGAGGGAUUGAAUUCUGAAGGACAAUACCUUCUGCAGCUGAAGAAGGACCUUACUGACAAUGGACUGAAUAAUUUGGUGGAUUGGAAUCCGGCUGACCAGACACCCUGCGGUUGGACUGGUGUAAACUGUACUUCGGAUUAUUCUCGUCGUGUCUGGUCUCUUGAUUUGAGUUCAAUGAAUCUCGCUGGAACUCUAAGCUCAAGUAUUGGUGGUUUGAUCAACUUGAGCUAUCUCAAUCUCUCUUUCAAUAAGUUGACGGGAGAUAUACCCAAGGCGCUUGGUAAUUGUUCCAAGUUACAGUCCCUUGUCCUGAACAACAACCAGUUCAGUGGUCAAAUUCCUGCUGAACUUGGUAACUUAUCUCUUCUUGAACAUUUGAACAUAUGCAACAAUAAGAUUUCUGGAUCUCUUCCAGAGGAGUUUGGGAAGUUGGCCUCAUUGGUAGAGUUUGUGGCUUAUACGAACAACAUUUCCGGUCCACUACCUCAAUCCAUUGGAAAGCUCAAGAAUUUGCAGACAUUUCGUGCGGGGCAGAAUGCCAUUUCUGGUAGCAUUCCGGCUGAAAUAGGUGGUUGCCAGAGUUUGGAGCUGCUUGGUCUUGCUCAAAACGACAUUGGAGGCGAACUGCCAAAGGAAAUUGGAAUGCUCGGCAGCUUAACUGAUUUGAUUCUGUGGGAUAAUCAACUGUCAGGUUUCAUACCGAAGGAGCUUGGCAACUGCACUAGUCUGCAAACACUUGCCUUGUAUGCGAACACUCUGGUCGGACCUAUUCCGGUGGAGCUAACCAAUCUGAAGUUUCUGAAGAAGUUGUAUCUCUACAGAAAUCAGUUGAAUGGAACUGUUCCGAGACAAAUAGGGAAUAUGUCUAUGGUAACAGAAAUUGAUUUCUCCGAGAAUUAUUUGACUGGUGAAAUCCCGGUCGAGCUUGGUCAGAUAAAGGGUCUGAGUCUGCUCUACCUUUUCCAGAACCAGCUCACUGGUGUCAUACCAAAUGAGAUCAGUAGUUUGAGGAACUUGACAAAGCUUGAUCUGUCCAUCAAUAAGCUCACUGGGUCUAUCCCAUAUGGGUUUCAGUACUUGACAGGAAUGAUACAAUUGCAGCUUUUUGACAACUCUCUGAGUGGUAAAAUCCCUCCUGGGCUAGGUCUUUACAGCAGGCUAUGGGUGGUUGAUUUUUCAGCCAAUUAUCUGACUGGAAGAAUUCCUCCGUACAUUUGCCGCCAUUCCAACUUGAUUAUGUUGAAUCUCGAGUCUAAUAGACUUUAUGGCAACAUCCCAUCAGGGUUAUUGACCUGCCAAACACUUGUACAACUUCGGCUUGUUGGAAAUAGGCUUACUGGCAGCUUUCCUUCCGAGCUGUGCAAGUUAGUGAACAUAUCUGCUAUUGAACUAGACCAAAACCGGUUUACCGGUCCACUCCCUCAAGAAGUUGGUAACUGCCAGAAGUUACAGAGGCUUCAUAUUGCUAACAAUUACUUCACCUCUGAGUUGCCUAGGGAGAUUGGUAAUCUAUCUCAACUUGUGACUUUCAAUGUCUCAUCUAAUUUGUUAAGUGGAAGGAUUCCCCCCGAGAUCGUUAAAUGCAAGAUGCUUCAAAGGCUUGAUCUCAGCCACAACAGUUUUGUUGAUGAUCUGCCUGCCGAGCUGGGGACCUUUAUGCAGUUGGAGCUUCUGAAGCUGUCAGAUAACAAGCUUUCUGGAAGGAUUCCUUCUGCAUUAGGAAAUCUCUCCCAUUUGACGGAGUUGCAGAUGGGUGGCAACUCACUUUCAGGAGAUAUUCCACCAGAGUUGGGGUCCUUAUCCAGUUUACAGAUUGCCAUGAAUAUCAGUUACAAUAAUCUGACUGGUGAAAUACCCCCAGAGAUUAGUAAUCUUAUUCUGUUGGAAUUCCUUCUGCUCAACAAUAAUCAUUUAACUGGUGAGAUCCCAAGAACUCUUGAAAGCCUUUCAAGUUUGCUUGGGUGUAACUUCUCGUAUAAUGAUCUCAGUGGACCUGUACCCCCAGUACCUAUUUUCCAAAACAUGGAUCUAACUAGCUUCAUUGGAAACAAAGGGCUAUGCGGUGGACCUCUUGGUUAUUGCGGUGGGGAUCCAACUUCUUCUGCUGUGGUGCCACCUUUGGUGAAUGCAGAUCGACUUAGAAGUAAAAUUAUCACUCUGGUUGCUGCUGUUGUUGGCGGGGUUUCUCUCAUUCUUAUUGUUAUCAUUCUAUACUUCAUGAGGCGUCCAGUGGAGACGGUUCCUUCAUUACAGGACGAUGAUGUUUCGAUUUCAGAAUCGGAUAUCUACUUUCGUCCGAAAGAGGGAUUUACAUUCCAAGAUUUGGUUGAGGCCACACAUCAUUUCCACGAGAGUUAUGUUGUUGGCAGGGGAGCCUGUGGAACAGUCUAUAAAGCCGUUAUGCAUUCUGGACAAGUCAUUGCUGUGAAGAAGUUGUCGUCUAACAGGGAAGGAAGCAACAUUGAGAACAGUUUCAGGGCGGAAAUUCUGACCCUGGGAAACAUCAGGCACAGGAACAUUGUAAAGCUUUAUGGGUUUUGCUACCAUCAGGGCUCCAAUCUGCUUUUGUACGAGUAUAUGACAAAAGGUAGCUUGGGAGAGCUGCUUCAUGGUCCCUCUUGUGACUUGGACUGGCCAACUCGGUUCACCAUUGCUCUUGGAGCUGCUGAAGGUCUUGCUUACUUACACCAUGAUUGCCGACCAAGCAUAAUUCACCGUGACAUAAAAUCCAACAACAUUUUACUCGACGACAAGUUUGAAGCUCAUGUAGGCGAUUUUGGUUUGGCGAAAGUAGUCGACUUGCCUUAUUCGAAAUCAAUGUCAGCGGUUGCUGGAUCUUAUGGGUAUAUUGCACCUGAAUAUGCAUAUACACUGAAGGUCACAGAAAAAUGCGAUAUCUACAGCUACGGAGUGGUUUUGCUGGAGUUACUGACUGGGAGGACCCCUGUACAGCCGCUAGAACAAGGAGGCGAUCUUGUGACGUGGGUGAAACAAUACAUCCGGGGGCAUUCACUAACAUCGGGGGUACUUGAUCGUAGACUUGACCUCGAAGAUCAAAGAAUCAUUGAUCACAUGAUCACUGUCAUGAAAAUCGCUCUCGUCUGCACAAGUAUAUCCCCUUUGGACCGGCCAUCUAUGCGAGAAGUCGUCCUGAUGCUCAUCGAAUCUAACGAGCAACAGGGCAACUUCAUCACGGUCCCCAAGAACGAUCUUCCUCCGAGACAUGAAGAUGAUGAUGCCCCCUGAACAUUCACCUCUUCCUUACUCCCCCAUUAACACAGGUCUCUUACCACUGCUGAUUCUUGCUAGUAUAAUUUGCAACAGCAAGUCAUUAUAAUAUAUUGUGCAGAUUGUUAUUUUUUUUGCAUGAAUGUGAAAGGAAAAUAAUCUCCUGUGGAGUGAAGAGUUUAAUUCCUCACUGCAUUUCUCUGUAUUGCCUGUUGCAACAAUUAGUUCAGUACAGGAGACAUCACUGUGUACAGAUAGAAGAAGAACCAUCGCCCCUGUACCUGAACAGAUCAAGAUCACUUGAUACUCACUUCAUUGAAGGAUUUGAAUGCCUAGAAAAAGCUUUGAAGGAUUUGGAAGCUAUACCUGUCUCUUUCCAAGUAAUAUUAAUAAUCUUUGUGCAGCCCGGCAACCACAUGUGAUGCGAUCCUCCAUUGCUUGCUGCCAAAGCUCGCAGGUCAAGAACUCGAUUUCCCCGCCGGCAGGGCCAGUUGUCGCCGGUACAAUAACUCUGACCCACGGGCCACGGAUUGGGAAACCGAGCAAAAGGGUUGAAAAUGAAUCGUCUGACCUAGACAAGCUACUAAUAGUAAAAGAAAAAGACUUAAUGUCAAGAUUUUUCAAUCCUUGACAUUUAGUCGCGGCUGGUUUUUAGAAAUAAUAAUAAUAAUAAUUACGAAGAAAAGAAAAUUGGAAAAGCAUGAUGGAUUAUUGUAUACAGAUGAAAUAGAAGUGGGAAAAGUCAAAUAAUACAACUUGUAAUAAUUCACAAAAUAGUUCGGGUGACAUAUUUUCAAAAGUUUCAUGGAAUACAUUUGUUUAAUUGAUGCAUGAGAAAUCAAUAUAACUUCAUUAUAUUUACAUACUAGCUUAUAACCCAGCCCAUUGGCCGGAAUGUUCAUAUUUGAUUAUUUAUAUUUUUAUGUUACAUUUAAGCCAAUCAAUCGGUUUAAUUUUAUUGACAAUCCUUCGAUCGAGAUGAUACAUAAAGAAAGAAUAUAUAGGUCUAACAUUCGGAGAAAUACUAUCAUCAUUUAAGAAUAUAAAAUAUAAAAUGUAUAAUUAAUUCCAUUUUCAUAAUGUUAAUUAAGCCCUCGUUAAAAUGUUAUUGGUUAGUUGGUUUUCAAGAAAGAGGGUAUAAAAGAUCAGUGAAAUUCCACACGACCCAUAAAUAGUUUGAAACUAAAUCUAAAUCUCACAAUCCUACAUAAGGGUUUAAUGCGCUCCUUUUAUGAACAAUAUGCCACUAAUAAAAAAGAAAUAGAGAGUUGUUGAUUCAAGUCAACUAUAUACUAACAACUAAGCUAAGAGAGGACCAUCAAAACUUGAGAGCAAACGACAAAAUUAGGGUUAUCUCCAACACACUAAUAGACUCAAUCAAAGUAAUAAGGCACAAAAUUAGACACUCCUUGUCUAUCAGUUCCAGUAGGUUGAAUAAAGAAUCGACCUACUUCAAUAAAUCAAUCAAUGAUUCCUCGUUUUAAGAUAAAAAUAUGUUGUAAUAGAUGUAAAAACCAUAAACAUAAGAUCCAAUAGCCACCACUCUUCCUUGUACAGCCAAAACUUUUUAUUAUCUCAAGAGACAUAUUUUCAACCAAAAAUUCAAUUUCGAAUCCUCCUUCUGCAACUCCAUUAUUUAUUAAACUCUUUUACUUUUCCAACUUAAAUCCGCAAGAAUAAAACUGACGUGCCAAGAUAUAUCGGAUGAUUGAUUUUCAAAGGCGACCUUGUAUUGGAAAGUGAAAGGGGCGCAAACUAUUGUACGUUGGAGGGAAUUUCCUAGGAAGUUAGAAAGAGAUAAGAACAAAGAUAAAACCACAAAUUUAAAUUGAAAAAUGCAAGGACGCAACACGUAGUGACAAAAUUAGUUUUUUUCCAUGUUAGCCAAUUGCCAAUUUACCUUUAGCAAAAAUUAAGGAGAGAGAAAGAAUUUUAAAAUUUAGAAAAUUACACGAAACUCUACUAUGCAAAUUGAAGUAUCAAGCACCAUAAAAAUACAUACGGUAUACUUAG